AUGAUGGCAAGAAAUAAUUUAACUGGAGGUGGUGUACAAAUGGAAACAUAUCAAGAACUGUUAUGUUCCCCCUCUUUGGCAGAUGAGUUACAACAGCAAUCAAUUUAUCUCGCAAUGGUAAAUGUGAUCCUCGCUCUCACUGCAAUUCUUGGUAACUUUCUAAUCCUUGUUGCCCUUCGUAAAGAAUCUUCCCUCCACCCGCCAUCCAAACUUUUGUAUCGUUGUCUGGCAACAACUGAUCUGUUGGUUGGUCUUGUUAGUCAGCCUCUCUAUACUAUUUAUUGGAUAUCCAUAGCUAACGAACACUGGAAUGCAUUUUGUGGAGUAUCUUUGGGGACAAUGACGGCCAUAACCGUUGAUAGACUUCUUGCGCUGUUGUUGGGGCUGAGAUACAAACAAACUGUAACUUUGAAGCGCACAAAUAUUAUUUUAGCUGCCCUCUGGGUUUUAUCUGGUGUGGCUGCUUUAUGCUACGUUUUAGAUUACCGCAUAACCUUAUGGUUUACGUAUAUCUGUAUUCCAUCUUGUUUUCUGAUCUCAAUGGUCUCCUACACAAAGAUAUUUCGCACCCUCAUUCGUCAUCAGGCACAAGUACAAGUUCAUGUUCAACUACAGUCGAGUCAACCAAAUUCACUGAACAUUUCGCGGUACAGAAAAGCGGUGUACAGUGCAUUGUGGGUGCAGUUAUCGUUAGUUGUUUGUUAUAUACCAUUUAUCGUAGUUGAAAUCGUGAUUGUAGAGGCUAGUAAAAGAACAUUCUCCUCGCAUUUACUCGUAACCAGAGGAAAAGCAGCAACCUUACUUUACUUCAACUCCACAUUAAAUCCAUUCCUUUACUGCUGGAAGAUUAGUGAAGUGAGACGAGCAGUGAAGCAGAUAAUCAGACAAGUACUUUGUUGUCCAUGGAGUUAG